CAACAACGAGCUGCACGCGUAAACGGUCGUUUGCUAAAAGAUAUAAUGCUGCGUUUUUUUAAAGAAAUAAUUAAAAACGAGGCGUUGAACAAGAAAUACGACAGUUUAAUAAAUUAACAAAUACAACUAAUAUUUUUAAAAAAAGAAUAAAAUUUUAUCUGCUAAAAUCUUAUUACGAAAAUUUCUUUUUUGGAUCUUUUCAACAAGGCAUGUCUGGAAUAUUUAAUUUUCUUUAAAAACUACCUUUGGAAUUUUCGUCGAACACCAUUGUUUUGUCUGUUCGUUUAAAAUUAAAAGAAAACAAGCAUUAAUGUGGGAUUCGGUGCCCAUGCGUUUGUGUGUGUUUAAGUUUAAACGAAAAUCAAAAAGAAUACUAAAACGGAUACAAAAUAAAAGUGAACAGAAAGAAAAUGAUGUCUAGAUAAUUCAUAGUUGUUGUUUUCAGUGUUUCUAAAGUAAGGUUGCAUUUUGUGUAUUGAAUUCAAAAAUGCAAUAAAAUUACGAAAAAAAAGAAUGAAAAGAUACAUAAAAAUCAAAAUUUGCGCGAAAGAAAAUCUUUACUUAUAACAAAAAAUUGCACAACAAAGUAAAAAUAUAUUUUUCAUCCAUUCGUUUGAAUUGAUAGAAAGGUAAAAUGUUAGUUCAUUCAAACGCAUCCUCUACUCCUACUCCUGGUUCUAGUUCUUCAACUAGUAACACAUUGGAGCCUGUUACAACAUCUACUAAUUCUUCGUCGUCACAAUUACAUCAGCAUUUACAACAAUCAUCGUCUUCAACGUUUUCUCUCCAACAACCACAGCAAAAACAACAAAUGGGUUGUACAUCUACUUUGAAUUCACGACCCCCAUCGCGUGCUCCUUCUAUAUUGGAUAGUCCAACAUUGGCACGUGUGGAACGUGCCAGGUUAAGAUUGGAAGCUUCCGCCCAACACCAAAAUUUGAAUGAUAGUUGUGGCAGUCUAAUAAAUACUCUUAACGGUGAGGAUAGUCUGGAGAGAGCAAUAUUAGAUCCAAAUAAGAAAGAUGUGCCGUGGCACCAAGUAUGGACUCAUAUGAAACGAUUAUCUCAUGCCUCCAAAGUAAAUUCAACCACAACAUUGUGUGCACAGAAAACUGAUAGUGCAGUGACUGGGAAGUCAAUAAUAUUUCCAAAUAAAACUGCCUCAUUGAAAGAUACUAUGUGUGCUCAUCAAGUAUUUACAAGGCCAGAUAUGCAAUCCUUGUUGGCCGGACGCGUACCCGUAUCUUCAAUGACGGGUCCAAUUAAACGAGGACUUUUAUGGCAACAACGAGAUCGGUUAUUUUCACGUUGGAAAGAAAGAUAUUUUAUUUUGACACGUGACUACCUUCAUUGUUUUAAAAGAGCAUCAGGUUCGGCAAAUGACCGAGCUUCUGACAUGGGACAAUUUAUAUUUAAGGUAAAAUUAGUUGACGUUGAAAAGGUGGAAUGGCUAAAUCGUCGUUCAUAUAGUGCGAUUGGUUUGCUACUUGGCAGGGAAGGAAGAGUUUUACUACGUUGUGAUGAAGGCCUUGAAGAUUGGUUUGAACUGCUAGAGGAAUGUACGAUAACUUCUAAAGAACGUCGCAAAGCACUUAAAAUUGCACAAGGACCUAGAUCAAGAGCGUCUUUAGCUGCUCCUGUAUCUCAUGCUGCAUUGCAGAGUAAUCAUUUCGGAUUAGGUGGCACUUAUUCAAGUGCAUUGGACGAUUGGCUUAUGACGAAUGGAAGUGGCAUGGGUGGAGUUAGAGGUCAAAAGUUGGUCACGAAUAGUAUGUGUGGUUAUGGAGGCACGAAUCCUUUCUUAUUUUCUGAUUCGGUACCAGAUUUAAGUGUUUUAAAUAAUGAGAAUCAUAACCACAGUAGUGGCUUGUCAACAAAUCAUUCGACUCCUCAGAAAAUACCAUAUUCAGCUAGUAGCAACAACAGUCGUUACUCGAAUGGUUAUACCUCACAAAAUAGUUCAUUUUCUAAUUGCAAUGGUUUGUAUGGCUCACCUCGACGUAUAUUUAUAAACAGUAGCUUCGGUUCGACUCAUAUCGUUGAUGAAGAGACUGAAGAUGGUGAGGUAGAAUUGAGACGUCCUCGCAUUUUCCGGCACUUAAGUACGGAAAAUGGUAACGAAUUGGAUCGUGAUUGGUUAUAUCGUAAGCCGAAGGCCCCAACAGAUAUGCGUCAUUCAGUACAACCUAUGUUGCCGACUCACAAUAACACUUCCUCCAAUAAACAAAUUUCGGAUCUGGACUAUUCUGCGCAUGACAGUGGACUCGAUACACCACCAUCUACACACCGUCCGUCCAGUUAUCGCGAACCACCACAACAUAAUAGUCAUACCCGUGCGUCACCAAGAGACUCUACAGAAACCUCCGUAUCAUCCUCCCGCGGAACCAUGUUAAAUUCUCCUGGUGGUAGCUUUCGAACUAAACAGAUGCAGCAAGUCUCUAAUUUAAAUCAGGUCAAUGCUCUUCAUGGAUCUCGUUAUAGUGUUCAAGAACGAGUUUUAAAAAUUCGUAACGAAGAAGAGCAUUGUACCUCGAUUAAAUCGUCAAAUCGCUUGAACCACAACGAACUGUAUGAUCCUAAUCAAAAUCGUUACUAUAAGAACGGCAACCAACCACCUGUAUCGAUGACGCCACAACAUACUCCCGUAAAAAAGCAGCAGUUACAUUCUCAUAAUCUUCAAAUGCAAAAUCAGUAUCAAACUGCGAAUGGUAAUGCUAACGCCAACACUGUUAACAAUAAUAACAAUUCUAUUAAUGGCAAUGUACAGAAUGGUUCCGGUAUAUUUCGAGAACGUUAUCAACAUCCAGCUUUGGCGGCUAUAAUUAACGAAGCUCAGGGUAUGAAGUUCCGAGCCGAAGCAUGAAUCACAAAAAAUAGAAUAAAAGAGUUUUGAACAUUAUUGUAAUAAUGUGAAGAAUACAUUGAUUUUUAAAACAACAGAUCGUUCUUAUUCCGACUGUCAGCAAAUGCCGCUACGACGCAGUGUUAAUAAUAAUCCAUCACCACUAACCAAUAGGAGAAAUCACGUAAAUCCCAUAUUUGGAACACCAACUCGAGUAUAGCUGAUACAAAUUUAGUGACAAAUACAUAUUGCAGAUAAAUGCAAAGAUAUGUAUUAGAGACAAUUUUUAAUAUAUUUUGUAUUUUAAUGGGUAUAAAACAGGUAAUAAUAAAUACAUGUAUGUAUAUGUAUUUAGUUAGAAAUAAAUACGUAACAUGAUCAUAAUUACUUUAAAAAAAUAUUCAAAUAUAUUAAAACGUAAAAUCAACAUAUGUAUGUAUAUGACAUAUAUGUACAUAACUAUAAAUAAAAAAUAAAUUGUUUUACUAUUACUAUAUUAAUAUUUAAUACAUAUGUAUGUAGAAUUAAUUUAGUAUUUAUAAAUACUGUUCACAUUUUCAUCUGGCUUUCAAAAAACUAUGGUAAUAAAGUCCGGUGGUUUAAGCUUUAUUAAGUAUAUCUUCAGAUGAAAAAUGAGCUGUAGAAUAUAAAGAUUCCAAUGUGUUAUUCUAACCUUUAAUAAUUAGAUAGAUUAGAACCAUUAAACCAUUGGUAUCAAUUACAAAUUAUAAAUAUAAUAUAAAUAAUAAAUGAAUAAACCAUUGGUAUAAAUUAUAAACAUAAACGAAUAUAAUUUUUUAUCUAAAAAUCGACGUAAACAAAUACAAACUGUGAAAUAAGAUAUAAUUAUCAAAUAUGUAUACAUUUUUUAUACUAUAUUAAGUUUAGUUAAUAAAAAAUAAACUUUAAUAAAAAAUACCUUAAAAUACUUAAAAAAUACUCUUUCCUGAAAAUAAAUUAAAACAUGAUUCUAUACUAUAAAUAUUACCAAACACCAAAUAUUAAAAUUAGUAAAUUAGCAAUGAAUAAUUACACACUUGGCAAAAUAAACAUACAUAUGUACGUAUAGUAAAUUCUUUAUUGCAGUAUUGUAUUAUGUUACUCAAAAUAUAACAAAGUAAUAACUUAUAUAAUAAUGCAAAUAUAUUGCUUUCGAUUUUGGUAUUUUAGUCUAAAGAAAAAAAUGCCAACAAUUAUACAAUAUGUAUUAGUAUUACAAUACUUUUUAUUUUACAAAUGACUUUGACUUACUCAAUAGGAAAACAGUAAACAAAUAUAAUAAAAGUAUAUACAUACAUAAAUAGUUA